AUGAACAACCGCUCAGAUUACGGCCCAUCCUCACGAUCCAUGAUUCCACCUGGACCCCUCAACCUCCCCUCGAUCCAUUUGCUCUUCCAAAUGGCUGAUUCUCCGGGCCCAAUCCCGCAACCAAGCUCACUCACCUUACCGCCACUUCGAUUCAGCCAAGCCUGUACUUCCCACAGGCCCUUCCUCUCGCGCAGUCCCUCCAGUCCUUCCUCCGCCUCCUCCACACGUGGCUCUUCUUCUUCUACUCCCGGCUCUUCCCCACACUCUCAGGAGCUCCCUAGGCCGCCUGCGAAACGAAAACAAGUCAAACGGGCUUGCCAAAAUUGUCAAAAGCAUAUCCAUCUUAAUGCUUGCAAAGGCUGCGCCGAUACCCGACCAUGUCCGAGAUGCAUUAUUCACGGGAUCACUGAAAGUUGCGUUGACGCGCCGAGGAAAUCCGAACGAAAGCAGAAAUGCCCGUAG